GACAAAUGAAGAAAAGAAAUAAUCCCUAAAAUUAAAAUUAAAUUACGGACUGUAAAUAGCUAUUAACUGUAGAUUUACAAUGUCCUAUUUAGAACAUUAAAGUGUUAGUUAGUGUACUAAGUUUUAGUAAGAAGCGUUUAUUGUGAAAGGACAGAUUAACUCGACAUCGAAAUGGACGUCGUCGGCAGUGAGAUUGGCCAAAAGAUGCGGUCUGCCAUCAAGGCCAAACUCACUGAACUGGGCUGUUAUGUUGAUGACGAGCUCCCAGACUACGUGAUGGUCAUGGUGGCUAACAAGCGCACUCGCGCUCAGAUGGAGGAUGACCUGCAGUUGUUCCUCGGUGACAACACCGAGCUGUUUGUCAACUGGUUGCAUCAGGUGCUGAAGAAGUUGCAGGAGGUCACUGUUACAGCACCGAUUAAAGUUGCAGAAACCGAGAAGAUCAAAGAUAGUUCAUCGUCAAAAGAAAAGAAAUCUAAAGAUAAAAAAGACAAGGAUAAAUCUAAAAAAUCCGAGAGUUCUAAAAAGUCCAAAAAGAAGGACAAAGAAAAAAUACACAAGAAAAAAGAUAAAGAUUCCAAAAAAGUUCAUAAGAGUAAGAAGAAGAGUAAAAAGCAUGAAAUGAUUAGGCCAAAUGUACCACCUUUACUCAUGAACAUAGAAAAAGAAUCUGAACCUUCCAUUACUGAUGUAUUUGCUGGUCAGAUCUUGAAGAACCAUGGAAUUACUUUAGAGACACCUAAAAUAGACCCAAAAGUAGAUAAAAAGCCUUCUAUACCAGAAUUGAAGCGACCAAUAUUACCCAUUAUAGAUCCUGCUACUAUAAGUUCACAGCCAGAACCUUCACAAUCUAGCAUGGAGAGUAUUACCACAAUCAGUGACCAAGAUAUUGAGGAAGUGUCUCCAACUCCCACUCCUGCCAUACCUACCGUACCAGCUCCAAGAGAUGAACAAAUUAAGGAAAUGAAUGAGAUUGAAGCUAAGAUCCAAGGAUUGAAACAGAAAUUAGCAGAGCAAUUAGAUUCCAUGUCUGACGAUGAGGAUUUUCUGACAAUUAGGACUGAAGCUGAAGAGCUGAUGAAUGACUUUGCUGAAGAUGUAUAUCAGGAAAUAUCCCAAGCGGCACCCCGCGCCCCCGCCACCCCUCCCCUCUCCCGCAAGUCCCCCUCCCCCUCCCCCUCCCCCGCCCCCUCGCCUAAAGCGCCCCCCAAAGAGGUAGAAACCCUCCCCCAGAUAGAGCUGAAGCUGCCCAAGAGACCGGUCAGAGAGAGGCUCGGUGCGAGAGAGGAGAAAGUUGAGAAGGCCGAUAGUCCAGAAAGAUUCACGCCCGAGCGAGAGCCGGAGCCGAAGAAGGCACGGAGCCGCUUAGACGAGCCGCCGGAAAAACAGCGUAAACAUGAUGAUGAUGAUGAUGAUAAGCAUGAAACCAGCUCUAAAAGGAUUUCGUCCAAAGUGGCAGUACUAGAGCGCGCGCCGCGAGUAUGUGCGAGCGUGGUGCGCGUGCGGCCGCGGCCGCGCGCGGCGGCGCCCUGCAACAGCUUACUGCUGCGCGCCGUCGCCGACGCACACAAGAGCCUGCUCAAUAUACCGCCAAAAGUGGAAACAGAGCCAGCGAAAGUGAAACGAGCGCUCGUAAAGCCGAUGCGAAGGUGCGUCGAUGCUCAGAAAAUAGUCAUACAAGUGCACGCUGAUAACCACACUGAAGCGACCAACAAGACGGACAGCGAGAAACAAAAAUCGCCCCUCGAGAAAGAUGAUUUCUCGCCAGCUUUGUUUACCAAGAAGAUCGUCAAUACCGACUACGUGCCGCCGCGCAGCAAGGAUUCACGGACGUCCAGUGUGCGAGACGAUACCCUAGUCAUAGAAACACUAAAUAUCCACAACCCAACAGUGGACAAACAAAAAGACACACAAUUUAUUGUAACCAUGGACGGAUACGAUCCUAACGUGUUCCUCGCCAAGAAACUAUUAACCGAAGGUCUCCUAGAUGAUGAUGACAAAAACAAAGCACCUACUGACACUGACUCAAAAACUAAAGAAAAGCAUAAUAAAGAUAAUACAGAGAAAGAAGAAGAAAACACAGAAAUAAAUAUGAAUAAAGAAGCAAAAGUAAAAGAACCCGAAAGAAAAGAUCUACCAAUAGACACUAAGGUAGCAAAACAUGACAAGAAAGAUUCAAAAGAUGACAAAGAAGUAACAACAAGUGCAGUUCCGAAAAAGCGAUUAAGUGAUACUAGCGAAGAAAGUGACACACAAGUUAUUAUAAAUCCAGAGACGGAAAACAAUACCGAAACGGAACCACAAGAGAAACUAGAAGUGUCGCCGACUCUUAGAAAGAGAAAGAAGUCCCCGAUAGUGUUUGAUGUGGAAAAGAAAGAGAAGAAGGAGAGAGCGAGAGAGAGGACGGAGAGCGCUGGUAGUGAUAACCACGUUACGGUGACAACGACCACUAAUACACACAAAUAUGAUUCAGUUCCUUCAUUGUCAGCGGCGGAACGCGCCGUAGUCCCGUGCCGAGCGUUCCCCGCGUGCCGCUACGGCGGCGCGUGCGCCUUCCUGCACCCGCGCUGCAAGUUCGCGGCCGCUUGCACCCGCCGGGACUGCGUCUACACUCACACGCAGCCGCCCAAGCUUGUGGCAUCCCACGUAGUCCCAGCCCCGAGUUUCAAGACCAUCCAGCCUUCAGCCCUGCCCACGAUCUGCAAGUUCUACCCCAACUGCGUGAACCCUGUGUGCCACUUCGCACACCCCAAGCCUUGCCGGUACGGGAAGGGAUGUUUGAAUAAGGCAGAGUGCAACUUCUAUCAUCCUGACUCUAAUAAGUGGAGAUAUCCAGUGUAGUCACGUAGAUUUAGUCAAAUUAUAAAAUUAUUCUAAUUAUAA